GGCAAAUCCCAAAUCCCCCACUUUAUUGACUACCAAGGCUUUCAUCAAGGUUCAAUCGGCUCGAAGUCAAGUGUGCCAAGAAUUGAUUAACAUUUGUGCGUGUAAACUCUGCGAAAAGAAGAACCUCAUCUUUCAUGAUAGCUCCCACUCUUUGAUGUUCUGAUCCAUGGCCAUGUCUCUCGCGGAUUUGCUGCUGCCUUUGUUUCUACUCGUCUUUCUCACAAGAUCCCGGUCACAGUGCCCCACAAAUCCAUCUGCAAUCGUGAACGACACACAGGUUCUUCUCUCUCUCCGUGACAGGCUUGGCAUCAAAGUGUGGAACGAGACUGCCGAUCCAAGAGCAUGGCGGGGAGUGGAGUGGAGCUCGGACAACCAAGUGGAGGGCCUCGCUCUGUCCAGGUUUAAUCUCUCGGGAGUUUUUCCUGCCACCUGGGCCGAGCUUCCAUCGCUGGCUCGCCUGGACCUCUCGCAAAACGGCCUCUCCUCGCUGGAAGUCCCUUGCAAAAAUACGCAGCUCAACCUCCUCAACUUGAGCUCCAAUUCCCUGCAAGAGUUCCCCGGAAAUCUCUCCAGCCUCGAGAGUUUGGAAAGCCUGGACCUCAGUGGGAACUUCUUAACAGUGGCCAGACUCCCAAAGUUUAGCUUGACGCUGCGAUCGCUCAACCUGUCCAUCAACAACUUAACUGGGAGCUUUUCCAUUGGUGGUAACCUGGGACUGGAGGCACUGGAACUCUCGCAGAACGGACUCAGCGGCUCCAUUCCAGAAACUUUCGGGGAGAUGACGAACUUGACGCGCCUGGACAUAUCGUAUAACAGGUUUAGAGGAGAUCUACCCGAUAUUUGGAGCAAGAACUUGGAGCUCAGGUACAUGCGUAUCUCCAACAAUUCGCUUCAUGGUGGUUUGCCACCGAGCUUGAGAAGGCUACGCAAGCUCUCUGUUUUACGCGCUGCAUACAACUCUCUCUCCGGGCCACUGGAGCUGGAAGAUGGCAACUUUGCAAGCAUCGAGGUUUUGAACCUCGGGCUAAACGGGUUUAGCGGAACGAUCCCGGCUACGCUGGGAAGCUUGAGGAACUUGAAGAUCCUGGUUCUCACGGGGAAUCAUUUUAGUGGCGCCAUACCACUGGAGCUUGGAAACUGGUCGAACAUCAGAGAGAUAUGGCUUGACAGCAAUAACUUGACUGGAACAAUCCCAGGCGAGCUCUCGAAGCUCUCGCAUCUCCAGAAGCUGGUUCUCACGGGGAAUCGUUUUAGUGGCGCCAUACCGUCGGAGCUUGGAAACUGGUCGAACAUCAGGGAGAUAUGGCUCAACAGCAAUAACUUGACUGGAACAAUCCCAGGCGAGCUCUCGAAGCUCUCGCAUCUCCAGAAGCUGGUUCUCACGGGGAAUCGUUUUAGUGGCGCCAUACCGUCGGAGCUUGGAAACUGGUCGAACAUCAGGGAGAUAUGGCUCAACAGCAAUAACUUGACUGGAACAAUCCCAGGCGAGCUCUCGAAGCUCUCGCAUCUCCAGAAGCUGGUUCUCACGGGGAAUCGUUUUAGUGGCGCCAUACCGUCGGAGCUUGGAAACUGGUCGAACAUCAGGGAGAUAUGGCUCAACAGCAAUAACUUGACUGGAACAAUCCCAGGCGAGCUCUCGAAGCUCUCGCAUCUCCAGAAGCUGGUUCUCACGGGGAAUCGUUUUAGUGGCGCCAUACCUCCAGAGCUUGGAAACUGGUCGAACAUCAAAGAGAUAUGGCUCGAUAGCAAUAACUUGACUGGAACAAUCCCAGGCGAGCUCUCGAAGCUCUCACAUCUCCAGCAGCUGGUUCUCACGGGGAAUCGUUUUAGUGGCGCCAUCCCAGGCGAGCUCUCGAAGCUCUCGCAUCUCCAAAGGGUGGUUCUCACGGGGAAUCGUUUUAGUGGCGCCAUACCUCCGGAGCUUGGAAACUGGUCGAACAUCAGGGAGAUAUGGCUCAACAGCAAUAACUUGACUGGAACAAUCCCAGGCGAGCUCUCGAAGCUCUCGCAUCUCCAGAAGCUGGUUCUCACGGGGAAUCGUUUUAGUGGCGCCAUACCUCCAGAGCUUGGAAACUGGUCGAACAUCAAAGAGAUAUGGCUCAACGGCAAUGAUUUGACUGGAACAAUCCCUGGCGAGCUCUCGAAGCUCUCACAUCUCCAGCAGCUAGUUCUCAGCAGUAACGACAUCGGUGGGGAGCUCCCUUCCGGACUCUCCAACUGCACUGAGCUCGUCGUUCUCUGGCUGGGGCAGAACAAGUUCUCUGGAAAUCUCCCUGACAGCUUCGGGAAUUUGAGCCGCCUGCUCCUUCUGUCGCUUUCCAGCAACGAUCUUGUCGGUUCAAUCCCGGCCAUAUUGCAAAACAUGUCGUCUCUGCAGUUCCUCUUCCUCGACAACAACAGCUUCAGCGGCUCCAUACCGGACUGGCUUCCCAGGCUCACGAACUUACGAGCCAUGAACUUCUCGGUUAACAGGUUCUCUGGGGAGAUGCCGGAAAGCAUUGGCCGACUGUUUGCCAACGUCCAGCUUUACAACAAGAACAAACGGUCUGUGAUGAUUCAAACCACGCGAGGACUCCUCUACAACGGCUUCGCCUUCCCGACCUCCAUAGACUUCUCCUUCAACCAGCUGACUGGAAGCAUUCCAGCUGCCAUUGGCGACCUCUACAAGCUCCAGGUGCUGCACCUGAGCCACAACCAGCUAACAGGUCCCAUUCCCGAGUCCCUGGGGAAGGCAAGGAAUCUCUCCUGGGUGGGGCUCGCAAGCAAUCGUCUCAAUGGCUCCAUACCAUCGUCCGUGGCGGACCUCUCGUUUCUCACCAUCUUCGACGUCUCCAACAACAGCCUGGUGGGACGGAUACCUGACAGCCCACAACUCUCGUCCAUGGACGCGGCUCUCUUCGCUGGGAAUCACCUCUGUGGCUUGCCACUGACCAACACCUGUUCGAGCACUGCUAUGCCGCCACAUAAGCUUAGAACAGAGGGACAAGGUGGUAGCGAACAGGACCAAAGAGAGGUGAUAGCACUUGUCAGCGUUGGCAUCUUCGUGGCAGCCUUCUUCAACGCGUUCUUCUGGACCUACUUUGCGGCAAACCGCAGAGCUCAUUCCCAGCUCUGUGGAUGCUGGCAAUCAAAUCUCUAGCUCGUCCACCAUGUUGCUGCCGUCCUUUCUACCUUCCAGUUUGUAAUCCAUCACGACUGCUUGAUGAAGUGAACUCUUCUUAUCCGCU